UUAGCCAUAUCCGUGGUUAACUCGACCAUGGUUAAGUCAGUUGAAGACGAAGUGUUAUAAAUUGAAGUUACAAUUUGUGAGCUUUUUCUCAACCCCUUUAUAUCCCAAUCUCUCUCAGCUGGUUGGUUGUCUCAAGAUCAAAUAAAUAAUUAAUCCCUUUAAAUUAAUUCAUAUUGAAAUUAUAUUAUCCCGUAAUUUUGUUAAUGAUUUUGAUUAGGCGCGGUUAAUACUUAAAUUAAUUAAUUGGCGGAGGUUAAUUUUAUAAAUGUAGCAGGGGAAAACAGGGGGGGGGGAAAGAUGGCGACGGCGAACGACGGUGAUUUCAGCUUCGCCGCCGGGGGAAAAGGGCGGAACGGGCUGGCGAAGAUACAGACGCAGAAGACGAGGAAUAAGGAGGAUGGGAUGUGCCACGACGACAGUGCGCCGCCGGUGAAGGCAAAGACGGUGGAGGAGUUGCAUUCGCUUCAGAAGAAGAAAUCGGCUCCCACCACGCCGCUCACGGCGGCUAACACCCCCUUCUCCGCCGCCCUCUCCGAGGAAGAGCGCCACAAACUGCAGCUCCACUCCAUAAGUGCAUCAUUGGCAUCGCUAACGAGAGAGACGGGCCCAAAUGUAGUCAAAGGAGAUCCAUCGAGGACAACACCGGAGACGCCACGUGUGUCACAUGACUCGCACGUGACUCACCACCACCACCACUACUGCGAACCAACAUUCAACACUAGUGAUAGUGCCCUCAAGUUUACGCACAUCCUCUACAAUCUUUCACCCGCCGAGCUCUAUGAGCAAGCCUUGAAGUACGAGAAAGGUUCAUUCCUCACGGCGAGUGGUGCAUUGGCUACACUGUCUGGAGCCAAAACGGGCCGUUCCCCAAGGGACAAGCGUGUUGUCAAAGACGAGGCAACCGGCGAUCUUUGGUGGGGAAAGUAAGUCGAGUCUCAUUUUUUUCGUCUUCUUAAUUGAUUUCGUGACAAUUUGAAAAUAUUCGUCGUUGAAGGUGAUGAUAAUGUUUUUUUCUCUAUGUAUAGGGAAUGUAUGUUUUGUCUAACUAUUUUCUAUAUAGGGGAUCGCCCAAUAUCGAAAUGGACGAGCAUACUUUCUUGGUCAACAGGGAAAGAGCUGUGGAUUAUCUCUGCUCUUUAGAAAAAGUUUUUGUGAAUGAUCAAUUUCUAAACUGGGAUCUGAACAACCGAAUCAAAGUUCGAAUCGUAUCCGCAAGAGCAUAUCACUCCUUAUUCAUGCACAACAUGUAAGGAUUGGCUUGAUCAAGAAUUUUUCAACUUCUUAAAUUUUUGGUUUAAAAUACUCCCUUUAUCACAUUAUAUUCGUCUAGUUUGACUUUUUUCAUUGAAAAUCAACAAACUUAUUCAACAAUG